GUUGGGUCUUUCGAGCAAGCUAGCUGUGACGCACGCUGUUUUUGUCCUUGUUUGAUCAGCUACCGCUUUAACAAUCUUGCAUUUUUUUAAUCAAAAGUCUCAGUCAGUUGAAAAAUCUUGAAAUGGAAGCCCUGGACUAUAACCCACCACUUCCCACUAGCAACACACAGAAUGUGGUACAUUCAAUUCAAAAAGCUAAAAAAGCACGGUGUUUGCAAAAGGGUCAUCUUAUCAGACACUUCACCUCUGAGCAAGCAGCUAAAGGAUGUUACAGAUCGUAUCAUUGGUCUUCAGUUUGUAUGGGAGUAUCGCAGCCCCACCAAAUCUGUCCCACCACACUACCAGUGCAAGCUCUGCGCUGUGUCCCGCUUGCAGCAUGAUAUGCUUGCUCAUGUGACGGGCUGGAAACACACAUUGAAAUACUUGAAACGUGCACACGCUGACAAGAUCCCUUUUGAUGAGGCCGAGGCAGCGAAAAAUCCUGCUCUCAGGAAGACAAUUAAAGAAGUUGCAGCUGAGGUAGAGAAGGCAGAAGGAAGGGGACAACUUAAGGUGAUCCUGAAAGAACCCCGGGAUGUACCUGCCUUCAAAGAUCUCCGUUCUGCCAUUCCUAAGGCUCUUCCACCAGGUCCACUGAUGGGACCCAAGAUGCCACUUUUUGGUCCACGAUUUCCUGACCCAGUUUUUCCAGGGGAACACUUUCCUCAUGGCGAGCCUUAUUCCGACCACUCCAUGGGUGCAUUUGAAGAUUCUGAUUUUAAAGGUUACUCAGACAGGCGAGAUUUCAAUGAGCCUGAUUUUAAUCGAAGACCAUUCCAAGAUCAUUACCGCAGUGAGGGUGGAGAUGGCUUUGGAAUUGGGCACCUGAACGAGAGACCUGGCAGACUUUUUCCUGAGGAAGGUCUGGACAACCAAAUGGGGAGAUUCUUAAUGGAUAGACCGUUGGGAAAGCCAAUGGAACGGCAGGGAUUGCUGGGACAUGGACCAGAUCGAAACAGCCUUCCUAAUACGUUGCUUACUUACUUGGAUACCUUCCAGAUCGAGAAUGAGAGUGAUGCACAAAUUGUGCUCAAGGUGACGCAGAAACUGACAGAUGCGUUGAUGGAGUACAGACUCAGGAGUUCUUCAUCAGGUUCAGGUAUGAACAGUUUACCAAUGAGGCCUUCUGGUUUCCCCUCCAGGAUGUCAGGUGGUCUAUCAGGUCCAGCCAGACACAUUGAGGUCCCCCCCAGACGACCACCAGAUUUGUACAAUUGAUAAUCAGAAGGCAUGUGUUACUUUAACUCUCAUGUUCUGAUUCAUGUGGUUAUUAGUUGUGGUAGUUCUGUUAAAACCUUUGCAUUAAUGUAAAUGUGCUCUUAGGCAUAGGCUUUUGGUUAGGAUUUUAAUGUUAUAUUUUGCCCCCCCCAAACACACACACACCUUUAGAAGUACCAAAUAUGAAGAGAGCAGUUUGGUACAGGACCCAUAUUACAUAAAGUGAUGUAUAUGUUUAGUGUAUGAUCAUAUUUUUCCCUAGUGUUCACUUCAAAUAAAAUCAUGGAAUGCAGU